UUACUACAGUGGAUUUGGGAAUUCCCCAGGAAAACACCUACGCAGCCACACGGCCUUUUCUGGAUAAACUGGGCAACAGCAAGCCGCUCACAAGGGGAGCAAUUUGUAGUUUUAUAAUGCUCCGGACAUGGAGGGAAUCUGAGGCUUGUGCGACAGCGCUUGCCGCUGUUGUUUGGGAAUUUGUCCAGAAAGAGCUCAUCUUGUUCCCAUAAAAACACCAACAAGCGUCAGACGGAAUCCAUCUGGAUAGAAGCGAAAACGGCGCAACAGAUAGUUGUUUGUCAGGACAGGCAGUUUCUCUUGUUAUAGCUGACAUCAUUUAAACGGCUGAUUUAUCUAUAAAUGGAGGGGGUGCACGAUAUUCACGGUGAAUCCCGGAGACAGAAUGCACGGCCUGCACCGAGCUACGCUAUGGAGAAAAGGGGCGCCGUGGACUCUGUCCCGGAGGACUGGUGUGACAGCGGGCUAGACUCCUUAAGUGGGGUCGGACUCGGUUUUGAGGGUCCCUACGGCACUUACACCGAGGCCGAACAGAUGUGGACACCUGGACGGUCUGUGUCUGACAUCCCUCCGUCGGACGAGUCCGACAACAGGAGUACCACGGAUUGUGUGUCGAUUGGCGGCGGAGAGAGGCUGGACUCUGCCAUCGGGGACUCGAUUAAUGAGGAUGCGGUGGUGGGGUGCCUCUCCGACGGGAUCGGCACCAUGAUCCUGGGCGAGCCUGCAGGUACAGACAGACUGGCGAAUUCAAACACUGAGGAGGGUCGGCAGCGAAGGGAAGAGCUCUUCAACACGCUCAACUUUCUGUCAGAGGACGGUGACACGGUACUUCAUUUGGCACUGAUUCAUGAGCAGUGGGGUGUUGUUCAGUGCCUGCUUGAAGAAAUUGUGGUUAACAACAGCUGGACUCCUUACCUGGACACUCAAAAUGACCUGGGCCAGACCGCUCUACAUUUAGCAGUCAUCGUAGACCGGAGUGAGUGUGUUCGGGCACUGUUGUGGAGUGGAGCCAGUGCGGAGAUCCAAGAGAGGGGUGGAAACACACCUUUACACCUGGCUGUCAGAGAGCUUCGCAAAGAGUGUGUGAGAGAGCUGACCAGCUGCUCACGGACCCCACCAGUGCACCUGAACAUCACCAAUUAUGCAGGUGUGAGUGCACUGCACCUGGCUGUACGUAGGGGCAAUUGUGAGAUCAUCAAUAUGCUGCUGGAGGCUGGAGCAAAUGUAAAUCAACGGGAUUUGGGGUCAGGUCGGUCUCCAUUGCACUGGGCGGUGGAAGGUCAGAGGUCAGAGGUAGUGAAGUUAUUAUUGAGCGCUGGCGCAUUGCCGAAUCAGCGCUCAUAUGCAGGCCACACCCCAUUCUACUGUGCCCUUUACCGACCCAACAAAGAGGUGCAGGCCCUACUUAGUGCCCAUGGGGCCACAUACACACAGGACGAUGAGGAAGAGGAGGAGUACCGAGAGAGUGAGGAGGAGGAGUUUGAUGAUGUCAUCAUAAAUGGACAGCGAGUGCUGUAGCUGUAAAACAUGGACACAACUCUGCCAUCAGACCCCUUGAACUCCAGCUGAACGAUUGUGGAGUCUUGAGUGUAUUUGGUGGAGACUAUUAUGUGUGUCUGCGUGUGUGUAUUUU